UUAAUGCAAAAUGCAACGAUUAUUUACUUUUCAAAAUUAACUCAUAAGUCUUGGUAUAUUUUUUGUUUAUUAUUUUUUUAAAAACCGGUACGGUAAAGUACGGGGUAUACUUUGUAGUUAAAAUAACCAUAUAUAAAGGAAGUUAAUCACAAUUAAGUUAAUGAACUCAUUCUGUAUAUACGAAUCCAACUAAUGACCAAGUGCUACAAUAUCAAACUUAAAAUAUAAUACCAUGGCAUGCAAAGCCUACAACAUAAAGUGUAAAAAGCAAGACAGUUUUAAAAACGCAUUUUCCAAUUACUUAGACAAACAAAUUCUUUGUGAUGUAACCCUUACAAGUGAAGGAAAGUUCUUCAAAGCUCACCGGUUUGUUCUAGCGAGUUGUUCGAAAUAUUUCGAGAACAUAUUCCUCGAAAUACCGCCUAAUAGUUAUCCUGUGGUUAUUCUUAAAGACAUUACCUCUUUAGAAAUAGAGUUUUUACUAAGUUACAUGUACAAAGGAGAUGUUACUGUUCCAGAAAACUUUAUGUCAGCAUUUUUACAAACUUGUAAGGAACUAAAAAUCGAAGGACUCUACACUAUCAAUAUUGAAAAUUCAUCAUUGAUAGACGAGAACACAGAAUAUACCAAGGAUGAGAAAGCCAGUUCAAAUAAUGAUGUAUUUCAUUCUCUUAUGUCAAAAACUGUUGAAGAAACUAUUAUCAGUGAAAAGCAAAUUGAAAAUAAGAAUGAGAAGCAAACCAGUGUAUUAGAUAGCCAACCAGUUGAUUCACAGAAAAGUUUUGUAUUUAGAUUAAAUCAGCCAAUAAAUGUCUCUAAAACCCCCCCUGCCCUUAAUUCUGAAGCUGCUACUAUUGGAGAAAAAGAAGCAGAAAUCAUGGAAGUGUCAGAUGAUGAAGAUUCAGAUGAAAACAUAGAAUUGCAACAACCUCAUACAGAAGAAAAUCAUUCUGACAGUGAGGAUCUUUCUGAUAACUCGAACAAACAAGGAAUUUCUAAUACUAAUCAACAACAGUCCAAUCAGGAAUUAGAAAAUAAUUCAAGGGAUGAAUCGGACGAUAGUGAUAAUAAUUGGGGUGUAUACAUAUCAAAAACUUUUGAUAGCUUGAUGGAGGUGCCUCAAAAUAUGGUAAAGUUGUAUUGUCCCCAUUGUAAACGUUGCGUGAAAGACAAUGUUUUUAAAGAACAUAUUCAGGAACAUCAUAGACAGUAUGUGCUUAAUAGAAGGAGACGCAAAAAGUGAAAUUUUAUAAAGUUUGAUUAGUGCUCUAAUAUUACUUAAAUGUUCCAAUUCACUCUUUGAGAUUAUAUCUAUGUCAUAAGCAUUGAAUUAAAAGACUAAGGAAUGUAAUUCCAUUAGUUCUCAAUCCAAACAUACAUAAAACACGUAAUGCGAGUUUAUAUGCAACCGUAGUGCGUCAUCCGUCGUUUCGUCACUCCACUCAUAUAAUCAGAUUGAAACACUCCCAUCUUUGGCAGCCACAAUUAAUGGAUAAACACCGUUAAUUAAAACAGAAAUACACUACUUUAUUCCUUGGUCUUUUAAACCACAUAAUUAUUUAAUAUUAUAAAAACCAACAAACAACAUUAUUACUAAUUUUUAUCAACAUUUUUAUUUUAUUUUUUGUUUAUUUAAUAAAUUAUAUUUUU